AGAUUUUCCCACUGAAGGACAAAGGUUCCUGCGCCAGUCAUCGUGACCGUCUUCCUAGGAGCAACCAUCUUCAUAAUCAUCUUCACCACAGCCAAACCCAGCUCUCUGGAUCCCAUGGGACAAUACAAAGCUAUCGAGGAGCAAGGAGCAACAACCACUUGUCACCAACAUAUUGACAACCACACCAGUGGGCAAAUUGAUGACGGCAUCGAGGAGCGAGGAGAGACCCUCCCCCACCUAGAUUCAUGUUCCUUCACGACUGGCUUCCGGAGGAGGCUCGCAGCCACGGUGGCACAGGUGGAGAGAGAAAUCCAUCGACUCGCAGGCAAAAGAGGAGUUAUAGAUGCCAACUGGUCUUUGAAGCUUGCAGCAGUGGCAGAAGAACUGGACCCAAGGAUCGCUCUAAGAACCAAAUCCUCUUGGGAUUACUCAGCACGGCUUCCUGGCAUGAAACCUGUGCCACAGCCUGAAAAUGGUACAAGGCAUGUCUGCCCAGAAGUGUAUCUUGGGCCAAAGCAUAGCUCUCAUUAUGGUCAAACUGGAAUGAAAACUCAAAAGUGUUCUUAUGUCCCAGACUUCAAAAAUGUCCUGACGGUAGUGCUUCCAGCAAUCUCCUGGACACCUAACAUCACUAAUUUUGUAAUUGAGCAGAUACGAAAGUUUUACGAUAUCCCCAUCAUUGCAGCUGUAGAUUCAGAAGAUGAAAUUGAAAUUGAAAGAAACAUGUCUAAAUUAUCUGUUGAAAAAGUUCCACAGGGCUAUGAGAGGGAAGGAAGAUUUAUGAAUGAACUCACAAAGAAAAUCACAACUCCAUUCAUCUUGAUAGCAACAUCUUUAGCACACUUCAAUAAUCAGUCAUCUCUUGAAAGAUUAGUAAGAGUUCUAGAUGAGUUACAAAAUGUCAAAGUUGUUGGAGGAGCUGCCAGAGACCUUGAUGGACACUGGAUUCAUGGAUGCCUUCAGCAACGUAUGGCCAACUAUGAAGCCCACUAUAGCAUGGGGUAUUAUUACUCAAAGUAUGAAUGCAUGUAUUGUGAUGAUCUUCUAAACCCAUUCACUAGCAACUUCAAUGAACAAACAGUGAAAGUCAACUCGAAAGUCAGUGAGAACGUUCCAGCUCCCGCUGAAAUGGGUCAAGUAUUUGUAAGAAGAUCGACAGCUGCUCUGCUGUUCCUGGUGGCUGGUCUUAUGCAUCGCCUGCGUGGCGCUUUCUGGGGUGCUCCUCUGGCCCAGACUGGCAUGAUCCGGGAGGUCACAUGA